UAAACGGAUACAGAGUACUAAAUAAAAAUAAAAAAAAUGGUUACAGUUGUUGCUUAUAAAAGUUAUGACACUUACGCAUGCGUCUUUCAUUUUGUAUACUUCAUAUUAAUGUGUUAACGGACUGUUUAGAUAUGACAUGAAAAUUGUUUGAUUCACCCUAAGUCCCUCACAAUUCACAAACCUCUGGUGACCAUGAACUACAAGCACAUACAGAGUACCAAGAUAGCACGGCACAUGACUGAUGGACCAGAGGUCCAGACCAUACACAAGUUCAGUUUAUAAAAGAUUGACACGACCUCAGCACAACAUGAUUCUUUCUUUAUUCGUAACAACUAACAAGCGCGAGUUUUGCUUGCACGGCCGUGCCCAGCUCAAAUAAAAAACAAAGAAACAAACAACUCCUUGCAAGCAAAUGAUGCUUUAGUAUAGUAUGUGGUUACUUCGAAAAAAAAAAAAGUAUAGUAUGUGGUUGAGCAGUGUAACUCCCUCAGUCCCUCCUGUUGAAUAUUCCUGUUUUCCUUGUAUCAAAUUCUUAACCACAAAAUCAAAAUCAAAUACGAAUAUUUCACAAUUAUAUAAGCCAAAACCCUUCCAAACUAAAUUCUUCAGCAUUGACGUUAACAACAAUAAUCUCCGCAAAAUCACAAGCUGCAGUCAUAUAACAACGGCCGAAUCUCAUUCCAGGGUUUCAGUUUCAGUAGAAAGUGAUGGAAUUGGGUCAAUUGAUCCUAGUUGUACGGAGAUCAUCGUGGUUCGUCAUGGCGAAACUGAUUGGAAUGCUAUUGGCAAAAUGCAGGGUCAGUUGGAUGUUGAAUUGAAUGAGAUUGGGAGGCAGCAAGCAGUUGCAGUUGCCGAGAGACUAUCAAGGGAGCCUAACAUAUCUGCUAUAUAUUCGUCUGAUUUGAAAAGGGCUCUUGAGACUGCAGAGGCAAUAGCAUCAAGAUGUGGUGGGCUUGAGGUUAUUAGAGACAAAGACCUGCGGGAAAGGCAUUUAGGAGAUCUGCAAGGACAUGUUUAUCAAGACUUGGCAAAACUUGGCCCUAAAGCUUAUGAAGCAUUUAAGUCUCACAGAUCUGAUCAAGAAAUUCCGGGUGGUGGUGAAAGUCGUGAUCAGCUUUAUAAUCGUUGUACGUCUUUGGUGCAGAAAAUUGGUGAAAACCAUAGAGGGCAACGAGUAAUUGUAGUCAGUCAUGGGGGCGCCAUAAGAUCACUGUUUAACCGGGCUGCAGCCAAAGGACAACAUCCAGGGAAAAUAUCUAAUACAUCAGUUGGCAUAAUUCAACUGUGUGAUGGGGAUUUGUGGUCCAUCAAAUCAUGGAAUGAUGCCAGUCACCUCAAACAAACAGAAUUUCUUGAAUCAGCAUUUGGUGGGGAUGCUUCUUCAGGCUAGCCAAUAUUUGUGCUCUGAUUUAGACAUGAUGUAUUUCAAGAAUUGCGUAUUAAUUUUCGCAUCAUUUGCUCACGACAUGAUGUAGCUUUACCUUGGCCAUGUACGUAAACAAGUAUUCUAACCAGGAAUUUGAAUUAGGCCUGCUAAAGAGACAACACUGCUAUAUAGUAUGUGCUCUGAGUUGGAGACCGUGUACUGUAUAUUGCUGUAAAAACCCUCUCUGAAAGCUGAUUGUUAUUUUUGCAGUA